AUCAUCCACGAGGCCGGCUACUCUGAGGAGGAGUGUAAGCAGUACAGAGUGGUGGUGUACAGCAACACCAUCCAGUCCGUCAUCGCCAUCAUCAGAGCCAUGGGACACCUGAAGAUAGACUUUGGGGACGCCGCACGAGCGGUAGGCGACACGACACGACGCGACACGACGCAUUGUGACGCGACAUUUUGGUCCAGCAAUGCAACUUUAUGGUCCAGCAAAAACAUACGUUUUUCUUAAUGAGUGGUUUGCCUUAUGGCUCUACUGCAGGGUUUCUUGAACUAUGGGUCGGGACCAAACGUGGGUCUGUGAGAGUUGGGUCGACAGUUACAGCGCUAUGAUAAAGUAUUUGCCCCCUUUCUAAUUUUCUCUACUUUUGCAUAUUUGUGAUACUGAAUGUUAUCAGAUCUUCAACCAAAAAACCUAAUAUUAGAUAAAGGGAACACAAGUGAACAAAUAACACAACAAUUACAUAUUUAUUUCAUAAACAAAGUUACGCAACACCCAAUUCCCCUGUGUGAAAAAGUAAUUGCCCCCUUACACUCAAUAACUGGUUGUGCCGCCUUUAGCUGCAAUGACUCCAACCAAAUGCUUCCUGUAGUUGUUGAUCAGUAUCUCACGUCGCUGUGGAGGAAUUUUGGCCCACUCUUCCAUGCAGAACUGCUUUAACUCAGUGACGUGUGGGUUUUCAAGUAUGAACUGCUCGUUUCAAGUCCUGCCACAACAUCUCAAUUGGGAUUAGGUCUGGACUUUGACCAUCAUAUCACCACCACCAUGCUUGACCUUUGGUAUGAUGUUCUUACUGUGGAAUGCAGUGUUUGGUUUUCGCCAGGCAUAAUGGGACCCAUCUCGUCCAAAAAGUUGAGUCAAGUUUGCCAAAAAGCACCUGGAUGAUCAUCAAGACUCUUGGAAGAACGUUCUAUGGAAAGAUGAUUCAAAAGUAUAACUUUUUGGACGACAUGGUUCCAGUAAUGCCUGGCGAAAACCCAAACUCUGCAUUCCACAGUAAGAACAUCAUACCAAAGGUCAAGCAUGGUGGUGGUGGUAUGAUGGUUUGGGGAUGCUUUGCUGCCUCAGGACCUGGACGACUUGCCUUAAUAGAAGGAACCAUGAAUUCUGCUCUGUAUCAGAGAAUUCUACAGAGGAAUGUCAGACCAUCCGUCUGUGAGCUGAAGCUGAAGCGCAGCUGGGUCAUGCAGCAAGACAAUGAUCCAAAACACACAAUCAAGUCUACAUGAAAAUUGCUAAAAAGCAACAAAUUGGAAGUUUUGGAAUGGCCUAGUCAAAGUCCAGACCUAAUCCCAAUUGAGAUGUUGUGGCAGGACUUGAAACGAGCAGUUCAUGCUUGAAAACUCACACGUCACUGAGUUAAAGCAGUUCUGCAUGGAAGAGUGGGCCAAAAUUCCCCAACAGCGACGUGAGAGACUGAUCAACAACUACAGGAAGCAUUUGGUUGGAGUCAUUGCAGCUAAAGGUGGCACAACCAGUUAUUGAGUGUAAGGGGGCAAUUACUUUUUCACACAGGGGCAUUGGGUGUUGCAUAACUUUAUUUAUGAAAUAAAUGAAAUAAAUAUGUAAUUGUUGUGUUAUUUGUUCACUUAUGUUCCCUUUAUCUAAUAUUAGGUUUUGGUUGAAGAUCUGAUAACAUUCAGUAUCACAAAUAUGCAAAAGUAGAGAAAAUUAGAAAGGGGGCAAAUACUUUUUCAUUGCACUGUAUGAGCUAAAUCUAUAAUCACACACUAUUUCUUCUUAAUUUGGGUCUUUGGAGGGCAAUUUGGGUCACCAGAGGACGGUCAAUUUCUCAUUUGGGUCUCGAGCUGAAAAGGUUUAAGAACCCAUGCCCUACUGUAUUUUAUGAGCUGAGUCUUUACAGUUCUCAUUGUCUACUGAGCAGGUCUCACAUUUUCACCAAGGGCCUGAUUUUAGAUCUGAGAAAAGCGCACGCAACUCAGACUUUUCAUCUUUUACAGGUGGGUUAUUGUGUGUAGGCCAGUGACAAAGCAUCUCUAUUUAAUCCAUUUUAAGUUCAGGCUGUAACACAACAAAAUGUUGAAAAAGUCAAGGGGUGUGAAUACUUUUCAGAAGGAGCUGUACCUGUGGGAAUGUACGAGCUUAGAAAUUACCCUUUUUGGAAGCCGAUUUUGGAAUGUUUUGCAGCCUCCAGGGUUUUCCUCAGGAGGGGACAUAGAUCAACAUAUGGCAGUGUUUCCCAAACCUCUCCUUGAGUAACCACAGCGGUUCCACUUAUUCUAUCUAUUCUAGACUACCUGAUUUCAAUUCAUGAAGUGGUUGGUGAUUGUACACUGAACAAAAAUAUAAACACGACAUGCAACAAUUUCAAAGAUUUUACUGAGUUACAGUUCAUAUAAGGAAAUCAGUCAAUUUAAAUAAAUAAAUUAGGCCGUAAUCUAUGGAUUUCACAUGCCUGGGGAUACAGAUAUGCAUCUGUUGGUCACAGAUACCUUAAAAAAUAAGUAGGGGCGUGGAACCAGUCAGUAUCUGGUGUGACCAUUUGCCUCAUGCAGCGCGACACAUCUCCUUCACAUAGAGUUGAUCAGGCUGUUGAUUGUGGCCUGUGGAAUGUUGUCCCACUCCUCUUCAAUGGUUGUGUGAAGUUUCUGGAUAUUGGUGGGAACUGGAACACGCUGUCGUACACGUCGAUCUAGAGCAUCUCAAACAUGCUCAAUGGGUGACAUGUCUGAUGAAUAUGCAGGCCAUGGAUAAACUGGGACAUGUUCAGCUUCCAGGAAUUGUGUACAGAUCCUUGCGACAUGGGGCCGUGCAUUAUCAUGCUGAAACAUGAGGUGAUGGCGGCGGAUAAAUUGCAAGACAAAUGGGCCUCAGGAUCUCGUCAUGGUAUCUCUGUGCAUUCAAAUUGCCAUCGAUAAAAUGCAAUUGUGUUCGUUGUCCGUAGCUUAUGCCUGCCCAUACCAUAACCCCACCAUGGGGCACUCUGUUCACAAUGUUGAUAUCAGCAAACCGCUCGCCCACACAAUGCCAUACAUGCUGUCUGCUAUCUUCCCGGCACAGUUGAAACAGUGAUUCAUUUGUGAAGAGCACACUUCACCAGCGUGCCAGUUGCCAUCGAAGGUGAGCUUUUCCCCGCUGAAGUCGGUUACGUCGUCGAACUGCAGUCAGGUCAAGACCCUGGUGAGGAUGACGAGCACGCAGAUGAGCUUCCCUGAGAUGGUUUCUGAAUGUUUGUGCAGAAAUUAUUUGGUUGUGCAAACCCACAGUUUCAUCAGCUGUCCGGGUGAAGAAGCCGGAUGUGGAGGUCAUGGGCUGGCGUAGUUACACGUGAUCUGCGGUUGUGAGGCCGGUUGGACGUACUGCCAUAUUCUCUAAAACGACGUUGGAGGUGGCUUAUGGUAGAGAAUUGAACAUUAAAUCUCUGGCAACAGCUCUGGUGGACAUUCCUUCAGUCAGCAUACAAUUGCAUGCUCCCUCAACUUGAGACAUGUACUGCACAUUUGAGUGGCCUUUUAUUGUCCCCAGCACAAGGUGUACCUGUGUAAUGAUCAUGCUGUUUAAUCAGCUUCUUGAUAUGCCACACCUGUCAGGUGGAUGGAUUAUCUUGGCAAAGGAGAAAUGCUCAUUAACAGGGAUGUAAACAAAUUUGAGCACAUCAUUUGAGAGAAAUAAGCUUUUUGUGUGUAUGGAACAUUUCUGGGAUAUUUAAUUUCAGCUCAUGAAACAUGGGACCAACGCUUAGCAUGUUGCGUUUAUAUUUUUGUUCUGUGUAGUUAACCAGUUGAAUCAGGCGAGCUUGUUCUGGAAUAGAUUAAGCAUCUGGAACUGGCUGGGUAUGGGUCCCAGAAGCGAUUUGGGGAAACAAAUUGAUCUGGUCAAUCAAUUAAUCACUGGUCUAAUGAGCAUGUCUAUGUUGCCAGGACGAUGCUCGUCAGCUGUUUGUAUUGGCUGGUACAACGGAGGAGGGUGUGGUAUCAUCGGAUCUGACCGGCGUGAUGCGGAGACUGUGGACGGACAGCGGGGUCCAGAACUGCUUCCUGCGCUCCAGAGAGUACCAGCUCAACGACUCAGCAUCC